AAACCUGGCACCACGGCUCAGCAGGGUGGGCUUCCGGCCGGUUGGGGCUUGUCUUGUGGGCCGUAGCAGCGUGACUGGGGUCGAUCGUGAGCCUCUCCAGGCCAGCACAAGCACAGCACAGCGCAUGUGAACAUGAAGCUAGGCGCAGACCAUUGCCGCAAAGUCGGCCCCGGCGUCUUUUUCGUGUGUGCCGGCAAUGCGAUGCGCCUGCGCGUGGUGGAGCCCGCCUGUCUCGCCCGCUGCAGUCGCCGACUCGCCCGCUGCUUCAGUGCAACUCCAGCAGCCAAUGGCACUGAAAGCCGCCCGGCCCGCUGCCCGACCGGCGUUUGCAUCGGCCGCUCAGACGGACGGCGAUAAGGCCCAGGCGGUCGUGGAUCUCAAUCUCUCAUCUCAUACCAUGCCGGUCCCUUGUCUGAUCUGGCGUUGUUGGCCAUGGUGCGGCCGAUGGCUCGCAAAAAUAGCCCUGUGCGUCUCGCAGAGUCGCGCAAUAACGGCUCCAGCUCUCUUCUCACACUCUCCUUCACUCGUACACACCCGUGCUCGUGUCGUUUUGGGGCUGAUCUUGUCUGCUUCUUGGAUGGCCGCUCGGCACCGUGAAGCCAGCCAGCCUACCGAAGUCGCCUACCUCAUUACCUUCUACAGUAAUAUCGUCGUCGAUGGGCCCCCCUGGCUAAUAAUAACUACCUGACUCUCUGAGCCUGUUCUGUUUCUGGCUCUGAGAUUUAACCGUCAACUCAAACAUCCAACGCCCGCCGGUUGCCAGUUCCGCUUUGCUUCACCGGCCCUCGAGACACUCACUGAGACUGAGACUUCUAAUUUCAAUCUCAACUCCUACCGGAACGACACCGCUCAAACUUCUUCAACAGCUGCAGCCAUCCGGAGCGUCUCAAACAGCACAAACCAUUGAGCUGUUACCCAACAUCGUGUCUCGCACUCCCGAUAUAGGUGUUGCAACGGGAAAAAUUCGUGUACGAUACACAUACACACGGUAUCCCGAUUAGCUAGCCAGCCAACAAAAUUACAUGUACGUUGGCCCUCCUUUCCUUGUCGACCCAUCUAUCUCAGCCUGGCACCCAACGCCUU